AUGCUGCGCCGAGGAGCGGGCGCCCCGGGCUCCCAGCUCCCGGCGACCGCCGCACGCUGCCUCCGCCGCCCGCUGCCCGCGGCGAGGACGGACGAGAAUUGGGGACUCGUUUUGCGGGGAUCACAUAAACAGCUUCCUCCGAAGCCUGGUAAAUGGCUUGAUGAUUGGUCGCUAUUACUCGCCCUGAGGUGGAAGGGGGGAGACUCUUUAAAGUGCGUCAGAGGGAGGCGAGCGCCUGGGAACCCGGAGGCCUGGAUCCGGGCCGAGAGUGGAACGGAGUCGGCGCCGCUGUCUCGGUCGAGCCUCCCGCAGCCCGCCGGGCCGCCUGGCCUCUCCGCGUCUUCGCCCCGCGCUCCCAGCUCACUCGCUCCUGCGGCGCCCGCUGCGGCUUCUCCUCCUCCUCCUUCUUCGCCUCCUCCUCUUCCUCGGGUUUCUGCCUCUCCUCCUCCUCUUCUUCCUCCUCCUCUUUCCCCACCUCCUCCCCCUCAGCCACCGCCUCCUCCUCCACCAGCACCACUCCCUCCGGGGCACCCCGGUCCCUGCAGAGUCCCUGGCCGGCACCGCCUCUGCUGCGGCCCCCUGAAUCCUGAGUCUGCUGCGCCCAAGCUGGUAGGACAGACGGACAGAUUCCUCAAGUCUAGCGCUCCGCCGCUGCUGCCCGGCGCUGCCCGGCGUCGAGGGAACAGGGAUCGCCCCGGGAGGACCGCGAGGAUACUGUAUUGGCAUUUGAGAUUGAAAAGUGAAAAAUCCUAUGAUAUCCUCCUUCGAGAAGCUCACUCCGUAGCCGUGAAAGACUAACCUUGUAAAUACUACGUUUUCAUACUAUGGAAAACUGUGUAGUGUAGCUACUGCAAAGAUGGAAGCUCUCUCUCUGUAAUGUCAUGGAAAGACCUCCAAGACCUAUCAAGAAGGAAAAAAAGCAAACUCCAGGACAAUACAUGAUAUGAUCCCAUUAAUGCUUAAAAUAAAUACUACUUGUUUGUGUU